AUGGAUCCGAUGGCUUCAGCAGGACCCAUGGACAAUUCCGUGUUUGUGCGGGCACCCCACAACAGCUAUCCUGCGACCCAAGAAGGCAUGUGUCAGGUGGCCCUGUAUCCCCCCCAAGUACACCUACUUCCUGUGAACCCACCGGGUUUGAAACCAUCUGUGAGUGAGCAACCUGUCCGGAGAGCUUUGAAGGAGGGCAAAGCCUUAGGGGCCAUCCAGAUCCUGAUUGGCCUGAUACACAUAGGCCUCGGUUCCAUCAUGGCCGCUGUACUCUCUGGACACUAUGCAGCUAUCUCGCUCUAUGGAGGCUUUCCCUUCUGGGGAGGCAUCUGGUUCAUUGUUUCAGGAUCCCUCUCAGUGUCAGCAGAAAAUCAGCCGAAAUCUUCUUGCCUGCUGAAUGGCAGCUUGGGCUUGAACAUCGUCAGUGCAAUCUGUUCUGUGGUUGGAAUCAUACUCUUCAUCAUGGAUAUGAGUCUCGCCCCCACCUAUGCCUACUCUCUCUCUUAUGCCCACUAUGCUACCUGGGGUGUGACCCCUGGCAUGGCUAUUUCUGGUGUGCUGCUCAUCUUCUGCCUCCUGGAGUUCUGCGUAGCAUGUGCAUCUUCCCACUUUGGCUGCCAACUGGUCUGCUGUCAGCACAACUACGUGGGUGUGGUCCUCCCGAAUAUCUGUGUGGCAAAUCCAGGGGUCAUCCCAGAACCAGUGAACUUGCCACCAACUUAUUUCAACAAGGUCCAGGGCUCCAGAUAA